CCGCACGAGCCUUGUUGAAGAGCAUUCCGCAGUCCUACUUCGGCGAAGUCCUUUGCGGCAUUUCAGAUCCAUGUCUAUUGCCGAACGCCCCACAGAAUGGACAGAUGUAUAAAGAGCUGUAUAUCACCUCGGCCUCGGUUGAUCUGAUCUGGACGAUCGCUCAAGUAUACUCUUUACAAGUCCUCAUAACCGCACAGACAUUGCUAUCCUGAGGGAUCGCUAACCAGCCAAGAUGGGUCUCGGAGUACUAGAUGAUCAUCAUCUCGAACAUGUUCCCGGAACCGCACUGUUGACUGAUAUGCUGGAUGCCGAGCAUCAUCAAUUCCAUGGCCGCGACACGACCGGUUUGAAGCACGCCAAGGGACGCAACGCCGACAUUGUUCUCGUCCCUCAGCCCAGCGAAUCACCCAGAGAUCCUUUGAAUUGGCCAAUGUGGAAGAAAGACCUCGCCUUGCUCAUUAUCUCCUUGGAUACCGCCGUUGUUGGUGCAUGGGGCCCGAUGAUUUCCCCCGGUUACGCUACCAUGGCCUCAGAUUGGCACAUGUCCUACAACGCUCUCAAUGGAGGAUUGGGCUGGGCGGUCUUCGCCAUUGGAAUCAGUUGUUUCGUGACCAACGGUCUCUCAGUGAAAUAUGGUCGUCGACCUGUCAUCAUUCUCGGCAACUUGCUACUGUUCAUCUCCUCCGUCUGGGGCUACUUCGCACACAGCUACCAUUCGCUCCUCGCAAGUCGAAUUUUCGGUGCCAUCGGAAUGAGUCCCUUUGAAGUUCUCACAACAGCCAUCAUUGGAGAUCUCUACUUCGUUCACGAGCGAGGUCUACGUCUUGCAUUCUGGGGUCUCUGUCUGAGCGUGGGUGUCGGAGGAGCGAGUUGUGUUUCCGGCUACAUCAUUCAGGAUAUCGGCUGGAAUUGGACGUAUGGAAUUUGCGCCUGCUUGUAUGGAGCAUUCAUCAUCUUGAUCCUGCUGUUCGUCCCCGAGACCGUGUAUCACCGUGACCCAGCGUACAACCUGGAUUUGGGCACGCACGAUCACACCUUCGAUACCCUUGACACAAAAGAAAUGAAACCAGAACACCCCGAGCACCUCGAAAUGACCAAGACACGCACCCAUGUUGGUGUCGUUUAUACCGGCGCCGACGAGAAGCCUUAUACUUUUUGGGAACAACUAAAGCCCGUGCGCGGGGUCGAGUCCGAAGAGAAUUUGCUGUACAUCAUCUUCCGUCCUUUUGGAAUGCUGCUCUUCCCCCAAGUGCUCUAUGGCUUCAUCACUUACGGUCUGUCGACGUCGUGGUUGGUGGUCAUGAUCAGUGUCCUCGCACAGCUCUUUACCGGACCUCCCUACAACUUCAGCAUCUCUGACGUCGGCUUGAUCAGUAUAUCAGCGUUGGUCGCUUCAUUGCUGGGAUUCAUGGCCGGGCCUCUGAACGACUGGUCCGUCAAAAAGCUGGCGAGAAUGAACAAGGGAAUCUACGAGCCUGAAUUCCGCCUUUGUCUCAACAUUCUCACCCUCAUCCUGGGAACGGCUGGUUUCUUUGGCUUUGGAGCAACCCUGCAGAACCAAGCCCCCUGGGCUGCCCCAGUCGUGCUUUACGGCAUCAUGUAUUUCUCCAUGUCCUUCUUGAAUAUCGGUAUCUACGCCUACAUCACCGAGUGUCACCGAAACAAAGCUCCCGAAGCAUUUGCAUCGCUCAACCUGCGAAACAUUUACUCCUUUGGAAUGAACUACUUCAUCUCAUCUUGGAUUACAAGCGAAGGACCCCUACAGGUUUUCUCCAUCAUUGGCGGCUGCCACAUCUUCAUCUGCCUUCUCACUAUCCCGAUGUGGAUAUUCGGCAAGCGCUGCCGCAGCUUCACCGCCAGGAACAAGUUGUUCCGCAAGAUCCAGGAUUCUUAGCUGGUGAUUCUCUGAAGGCUGGCCUCGGCUCGAACGGCCACAGGAUAUGUGGCCCCAGU